GCUACCUCGCCUGCCCGACAUGUCACAAAAAGUUGGUGGCAGAGGAUGAGAGGUUCAGGUGUUUAACUUGCAGUGUAACACUACCAGAUGGAGUUUAUCGCUACAAGGUGAGCGUGUGUAUCAUGGACACAACCGGGCAUGGAAAUUUUGUUCUCUGGGACAGGGAGUGCAUAGAGAUUUUUGGGAAAACAUCUGCAAGCCUUAUGACCGAAAUGGAGAAGAAAACAGGGGAUCCAACUAGCUUUCCCGAAGACAUCGAAAAUUUGGUUGACAAGAAGGGAAAAUUUAAAAUACAGCUAAGGAAGAAAAAUGAAGAAAAUGCUUACAAAGGCGGGAUUUCCCUAGGAGUAGUUAGUAUGAUUCGAGAUCCCACUGUUUUGGCAAUGUAUGAAGGAAAGCAGAUGCAAAUGGGAACAAAUGAAAGUGGCGAAUGCACUCCAGAAAAGAUUUGUUCGAAUGCAAUGGGAGAGAACGACAACUCUAUAAGAGAGAAGUCAACUGUUACAAAGGGAAAGGGGAAACGCAUUUCUGCUGAGAAGGAGGUCACCGAACCUAUCGAGCUCCCGGAUUCACCUAUUGCAUCUACUCAAAGAGAGGUGGUUCUUGAACUGAAUGAUGAGAUCAAAAGAAAUCUCAAUGAUGAGUUUUCAAGCAAUGGCAAUGGGAAGAAGCUGAAAAUCAAAAUCAAGCAAGAACCACUUUAAGUGGCGUUGCAAGCUGAAUAUUAUGUUACUGCUAUUUGUGUUGACCUUUGAUAAAUAACAUUACCAAUUAUGGCAGUGUGUAUGCCUUGGUUUGGCAGUAUGGAUGCCAUGUCUAAAAAACUAUGUAUUUUGCCUUGGUGAUAGACUUCUAAACCC